GUUGUGACAAUCUUGUUGUCAAUGAUUGGAUCAGUUACAACUUCGACCUUCUUAAUUUUCUUCUUACACAGUUACGCAACACACAAACUGUUGUCCGUGGACUCGUGGAGAGACACUCCGACUGUGACCGAAUUUCCUAUAAUUUCUCCCUUUCUCCGACGGGGAGAGAGAGAGAGAGAGAGCUAACGGCAAUGGCGGACGAGCCUUCUCUUACUCGCUGGUCAUUCGAGGAUUUCAAUACGUUUUAUGAUGCGAAAUUUGGGACGAAAAGGGUGCCUGAGCAGAAGGAUGCUGCCUUGCGUAAUCAGACUACAGAUAACAGUGGAAGUUCUUUGAAUGGGUCAAUUAGUGGGAAUGGAAGCGCAAGAAACACAUCUGACAUGGCCAUAUACGAGCAGUUUCAGAAUCGGGAGAAGCAGAGCACACCGCAGCUCAAUGGAGUUUCUAAUGACAGAGUUAAUGAAAAACCGCAGAAACCACUAUUUCCGCCUUUUGAGUCUGUAGAAAUGCGUGCAUUAGCAGAGAGUUUAUGUAGGGAUAUAAUUUGUGGUAGUCCAGAUGUAAAGUGGGAAAGCAUCAAGGGAUUGGAGAAUGCCAAAAGACUUCUUAAAGAAGCAGUUGUCAUGCCAAUAAAGUAUCCCAAGUACUUUACUGGUCUUCUAUCACCAUGGAAAGGUAUUCUACUUUUCGGUCCUCCAGGAACAGGGAAGACUAUGCUUGCCAAGGCUGUUGCAACUGAAUGUAGGACCACCUUUUUCAAUAUUUCAGCAUCAUCUGUUGUUAGCAAAUGGCGUGGUGAUUCAGAGAAGUUAGUGAAAGUUUUAUUUGAACUGGCUAGACACCAUGCACCAUCAACCAUAUUUCUUGAUGAGAUUGAUGCUAUCAUUAGUCAACGUGGUGAAGGUCGCAGUGAACAUGAAGCAAGUCGGCGUUUGAAAACUGAGCUCCUAAUACAGAUGGAUGGUUUGAUGAGGACAGAUGAACUUGUUUUUGUUUUGGCUGCGACAAACCUUCCUUGGGAACUGGAUGCAGCUAUGCUUCGGCGCCUUGAGAAACGGAUCCUCGUUCCUCUCCCGGAGCCAGAAGCAAGAAGAGCAAUGUUAGAGGAACUCUUGCCAUCAGUACCUGGUGAAGAGGAGGUACCAUAUGAUCUCCUGGUAGAGAGCACAGAAGGUUAUUCAGGGUCAGAUAUCCGGUUGCUCUGCAAGGAGGCUGCCAUGCAGCCCCUGAGGCGGGUAAUGGUGCUUCUGGAAGAAAAGCAAGAAGUGGUGCCUGAGGAGGAAUUACCAAAGGUUGGUCCAAUCAGGCAUGAAGAUAUUAAAAUUGCUUUGAAGAAUACUAGACCGUCAGCUCAUCUCCAUGUGCACCGUUAUGAGAAGUUUAAUGCUGAUUAUGGCAGCCAAAUUCUUCGGUGAUGACAGAAAUAAGAAAUUUAGAAUGGUACCAGAGGGUGUGAUUGUUUUUGCUGGAUUAUUUCCAUGAAGUCAGGGUUUGAGGAAAACUCCAGAAUUGUUGAAUCAUCUCACAAAAGUCACACAUUGGUACUGGAAAUUUGAAGCUGCAUCUUUCUUCAUAUUGCUCCCUAAUUUUUCAUUUUUCCAUUUUCCAUUUUCAUAUACCAUAGAUUUUUCAUGCAAAGAAGUGAACUUUUUAGGGGGUGAGUGCAUAUGUGAAUAAGCAGAAUAACAACUCCGAAAAUGAUUGUGAACAAGCAGAAUAAGAACUCGAAAACAAUUCUUUCAUUA